GAGACAGCUGAACAAAGUUCAAAGAGGCGGAACCAUCAUAGAUUUUACUGCCGUCGGGCCCCUGAAAGACUCUGGAUCUUCUCUCAUGGCAGCUGGAUUGAAGCAUUCUGCCUGCUUACAAUGAUUGCGUAUGUCCUGUGCACCGUUUUAGCAGCUUUGGCUGCACUUCUCUACCUGAGGAACCCCUAUUUGCUGGCGGACUUAAAUUAUGCAAUCAACAUGAUGUACGUGGGUUAUCGUUUAGGACAGGUACAGAGACGCUUUUACGGCUUUCUGGACUGUUUUCUGGACAGAGUAGCGAGGCAUCCAGACAAGAAGCUGAUCAUUUUUGAGGAUGUGUCCUACACUUAUAAACAAGCAGAUGCAGAGAGCAACAAGGUGGCCCGGGCUCUGUCUGCACACGCCCAGCUGAAGCCGGGGGACACGGUGGCGCUGUUCCUGGGUAACGAGCCCCUGUUCGUGUGGGUCUUCCUGGCUUUGGCCAAGCUAGGCUGCGUGGCGGCUCUGCUGAACAACAACAUCCGGUCCAGAUCUCUGCUGCACUGCUUCUCCUGCUGUGGAGCCAAAGUCCUCAUCACCAGCCCCGAUCUGAGGGAAGCCGUGGAGGAGGUGUUCCCCACGCUGAGGGAGCAGGGCAUCCGUGUGUUUGUCCUCAGUGAUCAUGUUGAAGCUGAUGGCUUCGAAAGCCUCUGCGAUAAGAUUCAGAAUGCGUCAGACCAGCCUUUGUCACCUGAGCUGAGGGCGAACAUUCACCACAAGAGUCCGGCGCUGUACAUCUACACCUCAGGGACCACAGGCCUUCCAAAAGCUGCUAUAAUCACCCACCAGAGGGCAUGGUCUGCUGCUUUGAUUCACGAAAUGGUUGGCGUGCGCUCAAGCGACAUCUUCUACCUUUAUCUGCCUCUUUACCAUACAGCAGGUUUUCUGAUGGGACUCUGUGGAGGAAUAAACAAAGGCGUUACUUUUGUUUUAAAGCGUAAAUUCUCAGUGUCCAGCUUCUGGGACGACUGUCGGAAAUACAACAUCACUGUCAUUCAGUACAUAGGAGAGAUCAUGCGUUACCUCUGCAACACGCCAAAGAAAGACAAUGACAGGAAUCACAAUGUACGACUAGCAUUUGGUAACGGGAUAAGGGCGGACACCUGGGCUGAAUUCCUGGACCGCUUUGGAAACAUUCAAAUCUGCGAAUGCUACGGAGCAACAGAAGCAAAUAUCGGCUUCAUCAACUACGUUGGAAAGAUCGGAGCUCUCGGUAGAGAGAAUUUUCUCCACAAAAUUGGAAACAAAUACGCCCUCAUCAGAUAUGAUACGGAGAAAGACCAGCCAUUCAGAAACGCAGAGGGAUUCUGUGUUGAAGUCCCAAAAGGGGAAACUGGCUUGUUGGUGUCGAAAAUAGGGGCCUCCACCCCCUUUGUGGGCUACGUUAACAACCAGCAGCAGACGGAGAGAAAGAAACUGAAAGACGUCUUUGUGAAGGGAGACCUCUACCUAAACAGUGGCGACCUUCUGAGGAUAGACAGCGAGGGAUUUGUGUACUUCCAGGACCGCACUGGAGACACUUACAGGUGGAAAGGAGAAAAUGUGGCGACCACAGAGGUGGCUGAUCAAUUACUCCUGGUGGACUUUGUUGAGGAGGCAAAUGUCUACGGAGUGAAGGUGCCAGGACACGAGGGCCGGAUUGGAAUGGCUGCCCUGAAGCUGCAGGAGAACAUGGAGUUUGAUGGCAGAGCUAUUUAUCAGUGUGUUAAGAGCAACCUGCCCAGCUACGCCAGGCCACGGUUCAUACGCACACAGGAUGCUCUGUCGGUGACGGGAACAUUUAAGCACAUGAAGGUGAAGCUGGGAGAGGAAGGCUUCAAUCCCGCUACCAUCCAGGAUCCCCUAUACUUCCUGGAAGACAAUAAAGGCUAUGUACCCAUGACCCAGGAGAUAUUCAACUCCAUCUUAGAGGGAAAACUCAGGCUUUGAAUGCGAAUUAUUUUGAGAUUUUUCUUUAUUUGUAUUUUUUUUAUUUUUGGCUUCAGGUGACACAAGAUGGGUUAAAAUUCAAAACAACUGAUCUGUUCACACAUGCAGAGCACACCUUAUGAACUUGGUUUCAGUUUGGGGAAAAAUUUGAUAAAAGGUUUUAUUAGAAAAUUAUUUUUUAACAACUAAAAGAAGAAUGCCAUAAAGAUUCAAUUAUAGCAGUAAAGUAGUGAUGAUCACUCUCUUCUGGAUUACUAUGUAGAUGUGAAGUGCUGGUGCAUUCAGGGACUUCACAGGCGCUCAGGUGCAGUCGGAGUGCUGCAAACGGGGGGAUUGGGAAUGCAGUUUUUUGCUCUGCUGCUCGUGGAUAAGUGUUUUUGAGACGCCUGGAAAGCCUUUACAGGGCAGCACAGCUGGGGCCGAGCACAUUGCACCCACGGGUUGCAGAAACUGGGCACGCUGUAGAACUUGGUCAGCUUUUUGGGUACCUGUUUCCCCACGUGAGUUGAAGGCAUCUCAGGAAUCUUUGACAGAGGGCCACACCCUGUCACCGAGGACACACAGGCCCCACCAGAAGUGUCUUUAACUCCAGACUGUGCUUCGCAGUCGUGGCUGUACCUUGACCCAAAGUAAGUCAAGGGCAGGGGCUCGCUGCUGCAGCUCAGAGAUCGCAUCGGUCUCCUCGGACGAUUCCAAGCCUUGUCAAUCCAGAGAUCCACUUGAAGCUUUUCCAGCUUUUUAACCACAUUGACGUUCUUGUCAGCUUCUUCUCCUGCAUGGUUGUCUUCUCUUCUAAUCAUCUCCUCCUUGCCUGGUUUGGGUUUAGCAGAAAUACUUGAUGCUUUUGUUUCCACCAGCAGAGCAGAGGCUGUUUUUGAAAUGAUGCCCCAGUCCUUAAGGAUGUCGUCCGCUGUGGUGAACUGGGAGGUGACGGUAAAUCGGAUGAUGCGUUUGGUGUGGAUUUCUGCCGGGAUGAGGUACAUGGUGCCAGAACCCGUCAAUCUUCUCAACAGCUCUUGGGUUAAAGCAUUUCCAUCCUAGAAGGACAGAAAACGAUAAACUGGCUACACUGCUUUCAUCUAGUUCACCUUUGACCAAGACGCCAUCUUAAAGAUAAGGAAAAUGUUGCUUCAUGCACAGCCUGAAAAGUUUCUAGCUGCAUACUUUUAAACAGAAGACCACCAAGCCAAGAUGCCUCUGUGCAGGAACCUCAAAAUUUGGGUCACUUUUUAUGUGAGACUCCAGGAGCUUCGCCAUCUCAAUCCCCUGAAACAGAAAGGGGAAAAAAUGACCUCAUCCAAAACAAAAUACUAGAAAUGAAUUUGUAAAAAUGAAGAGAAAUGUCACUUGCAUGUCUGAUAUGAGCUUGGAGUUUUGUCAGUCCAAAGGAGCGUAAGACGAACCAGAGUUUGAGGGAUCGGAAUCGUCGACUGAGAGGAAUUUGCCAGUGCUAAGAAAUGAAAUCACUGAAUAAACUGCAUUUUAUUAAUGGUUAA